UAGUCUUACUCGGUCGCUACACAUUGAGGCAAGCUCUUGAGUUCAGUUCCCGCGGUGAGGCUGUACCGGCAACACGUAUUGUGACUUGUGUCCGUGUCACUCCGUGGGCAUCCACACUUGUCAGUCAUGAUCAACUUGUUAAACGCGGGCGCCGUACCAUUUGGCUACACAAGUGACAAAAUAGAGAGUGAUUUCCCAGGCUACAUUGAGGACUGCAUAUCUACAGGCAUGAGCUGCCACUACGUCCCUGAUCUGCGAGGCACCUUCCCGCUUCCCGACGUCAUCAUCAGCAAUACGCCUCCUCCCUCUCCCCUCCGCCGCGUCCGCUCCUGCCACGCCUUCUUCCCUGAGAAGACCGAGACGCUGCCCCCCUCCCCGCUCACUCCCCCCGCCACGCCCGCUGUGUUUGAUGGUGAGCCAGGAGUGCAGGCGCUGCAGACAGGGCUUGACCACAUCCAGGAGGUGAGGCGACGGCUGCGGGACAACUCCUCCCUCAACCCGCUACAACUGCCCCAGCUGUCCUGGCCCUUGCCUGCCCACGCACACCCGCAGUCCAACCGCAGGUCUGUCGGGGAAGAAGCAGAGUCUGCCCCAGAGAGGAGAGCCCCAAUGGAUGAGUCGCGAGGGGCAGGCAGCGGGGAGGAACACCACCGCUGGCGCCUGAUCGGGGGCGAGCUGAGGAUGGUGGCAGACCAGUUUCAGCUGAACAAGUCAAAAGCGUCCGGCAAGGGUAGCAGCGAGGCGGCGGCACACACCGUGGCGCCGGCAGUCCUGGGCAGGUGCCUGGCGGCGUCCCUCCUCUGCCUGGUGUGGUGGCGACUCUACAACAAGUUACGCUGAUCGGGCGAGGGAUGGCGGCGCUUCCCUCGUCAUCAUCUCGCCCUGUGCGGCCUAAUCAAGGUCAAGGUCUGGAGGGGCCGGUGUGCCUCCAGGGCCUCUGUGGCCUCCUUUGAAAGCCGUUGUGUCAAAAUUUGUCUAUGGUGUGCAUUGGGGGGCGGCGACCGAGAUGAUGGUGAGAAGCCGCCCCCGCCUCCCUGAGCGCGCCGUUUCUUGGUUCCUGCCACGCAAAAUAAUCGUCACUGCGAGGCCGCAUUCCCAAGACCCAUGUACAGACCAGUGUUGUGAGGGAUGCCUUGCUGAGAGAUGUGUUCCUUUGCAAUUAUUAUUUUGUUAGAGGUUGUCCAGAAGGUUCUGUUCCAAGUGUGUAGAACAGACAUCAGUAGUUUCUGCUUAAAAAAAAUGUUUGGAUAUUUUUUUUUCUGAGUCACGUUGCACAAACCUUUUCUUUCCAUGACUUGGGCACGUGAACAUUUGUACAGAUGCUUCGCUCCUCUUUUUGUUUUCCUUUUAGGAUAGUUGAUGUAGCUGGUAAGGUUCAUAUUUUGAUAAGUAUCGUGUGUAAGACGUCCAAAUCUCCCAAACUAACUGUUCCAUCCCGUCAAAGUCACACUACACCUCUGCCCGCUGUCUUUCAUUACGGAGGAAAUCUCUCAUAAGACUCGAGGAGAAGAGGAGGUGCACGUGAGCUUCACCAACUUCCCUGUCUGUCUCUCGAAAUUCAGAGGACGCAGCGUGGUGCUCUCGCUCCUCCUCCUUGCCUUUGAGUUCGGAAAAUAAGUAACUCGAGGGGUUUCCAUGCCAAGCUAAUGUGUGAAGGUUUAGGACCGCCUAGUUGUGUUAAGCGCCACGAGUCUGGAGAAUGUGAGGGCCAGAACAGGAAUCUCUUUCGGCCUUUGAAGUGUUGUCGCGUAGGCUCAGGUCAGUCUUGUAUAUUUUGACUCUGCGGCGGUGAGUAAGCUUAAGCCAGGAACGGGUGGACGGGACAAGGUGUGUUGAGUUAGGCUAGACCACCACUGCCGCUGCCUCUUGAUCUCACUAGCCAUUAGUAGACUUUCUUUCCGCUCAGUGCUGGACUACCAGUCUUUCAGGGGAGGAGUGCCGCUCCGCCCCCGUACGUUUAAGUGUUUCGCGGGCGUCUACGCGUCCAAGUUAAUGUAAAUGUCUUUCAAGUUACGCAUUAAGGUCAGUCAAGGGGGCGCUGUCUUCACCUCCUGUAAACUAAGUUCUUUCAGAGGGGCGUCGCUUACUGCCUCAGAUAUAAAGUCUAUUUGAGGGGUGAGGCGACUCCCCCGCCCAUUAGCCAUAAGAUUUGAAGGAGGCAGGACUUCGUUUCAGUGAGCCACGGGGAAAAAAAAAAAAAGAUAAGUAAACUACCCAGCAAAAGCCGCAGGCACAACUUGUGGGACCAAAGUUCAGAAGUGAAGAUCUGUGUAAUUUUUAAAAAAGAAAAAGAAAAAUGUUUGCUGUUCCAUUCUCGCGGUGAUCUGUGGGAGGUCAUCCUGCCUCCUUUCGGUGUAAAAGACAGAUUUUAUGGUGCUGUACAGAACGACUAGCAAUAUUCCUUCUAUGUACACUGACUGGCAACUCUGAUACGAACGAACGAAAAAAAAUAAUAAUACUAUAAUGUUAAUUCUAUCCUAACGUAAUAAUAUAAUGUUAA